CUCAGUUUUGUGAAAGCUGAAGUUCUUUUUGUAAUGUGAAGAAAGUGUGUCUACAUUGAGCCGACGAAAUUAUCCCGCAUGUUGAAAACGUUAACUGUUGUCUUCUUGGUUUGGUUUUUGGUUACAGCACUACAGAUAUCAAGAACUGAAGAUCAUAUAGAUCAUUUUCCAGCAGUUUUAAAAAGCUCCGGCUUAACUUCCGACCUAUACGCACAACUUUUUUGGAUUUCAGAAGUGUGGAGGAAGAAUGCACCUUAUGAAAUCGGCUACCCACUGUUUUACAGCACUCUUGUCAUUCUCACCGUCAUCCGAUGUCUGUGUUUGCUGAUACCGUCCAGAGAAACACUCCUUGUGCAGUACGAAAACGAACAAAAGCGAGAACAAACGGAGGUUGAAUCUGAAAUCGUCGAAGACGACAAAGAGUACAUGGUCGCAGCCACAGAGCCCGUUGAUGUCACUUCCGCCGUGUCCCCACUACUUUCCGACAGUAAUGUCUGCAUUGCAGAAGAAUUGAUCGAGUCAGUUGAACCACACCAAACUGAAAAUUGCACCCCAUGCGUUCUCAUGGAAACGUCUCUUACAGAUGAACGUCGGCAAGAAGUCACAGUUCCCGAACAGCUCCCGGAUAUGGCCCCAGUUAAUGUCACUGACAGCUUUACGUACCAUAUAAAACUGGGAGGGGCACUGGGAUCAAAGAUCUAUCCCGAGACCUCUUUAGGAAAAGCUUGUGUAGUGGUUGCUGCCGGAGCUCUCAUUUCUUACGGAAUUUACCGACUUGUCUCGUAAGUUCGACUUGUGGAGUUUCAAUUUUCCUUUGGUAAAAUUUUCCCCACUUCUGGUGAUUGCCAUUUCUUUGAAUUUGCAGCAUUUGUAAUUUUGGAUUUGGAAGUAACUCACAUUGUAUUCUCUCUUUCUUUUCCAUAGGAAAUAAAUAAAGGUUCACAAGGAAAAUAUAAAGCUUCUGUAAGAUAUCUCUUCAUUCCCUCUAAAAAGAACAGUUGUAAAAUAUUUCUUUGGAUAAUACUGGCAUAAGGUCAUCUAUAAAUUGUUCAGUUGUCAUGUAGUGUAAAAAUCAGAUUUGAGAAAGAUUGUAAUCAUACUUUUUGUACAUAAGUCAAAGGUUAAAAAUACUGUCAUUUUUUUGCCCUUCAGUCGGUGAGAAGUUAAUAAAAAUUACUUGCUGCUCCAAGUGAAGAAAACAA